UUAAUUGUAUUAGAUAGUUACUAAAGGCCAUAUUCGAGUACCUUAUCAAGGUUUUAGACCACGGUCGUCAUGUUAUGACACUACAAUUGUUUACAGUCGCUAACCGGUUGGCACCGUUAACUAAGUUCAUAAACAAAAACCUUGUUUGUGCGUCUGUUUCUAUAUUUAUCAUUUGCAAUGUGACCACAAGUUGCACGCGCCUCCGACCUUUAGCCACGUCAAUUGUGUCAUUAUGUGUGUCGCAGGAAAUGCCUCGUCACAGGCGUAUUGGAUAGUUAGAAUUAACUGUAAUAACACCUUUCGUGUCACCACUUCAGUAUUGCAUGUAACGUGAUUGUUGAUAGUUGUAUUACAAGAUAGCGAAGAGCGUGCAGAAUUAACCAAAGUUUAAAAAGCAACUUGCAGUACGCGACAUUGAAGACGCUAUCGCUGGUGUCUAUCAGCGUGAUGACGCCCCAGCAGACGGUGCAGGAGCUGUUCCGGACAGCGGACUGCGUGUGUUUCGAUGUAGACUCGACUGUUAUCCGGGAUGAAGGGAUCGAUGAACUGGCCAGGUUCUGUGGGAAAGGAGAUGAAGUUAAAAGGCUUACGGCAGAGGCUAUGGGAGGUAGCAUGACGUUUCAGGAGGCUCUGAAGAAAAGGUUGGACAUCAUUAGACCUAGCGUCAGUCAGAUCCGACAGUUCAUUGCAACUUUUCCCAUUAAUCUUACGCCAGGAAUUACGCAAUUAGUAAAGGCGUUACAAGAUAGAGGAGUCACGGUGUAUUUGGUGUCCGGAGGAUUCCGUUGUCUCAUAGAUCCCGUGGCGGAGUUGCUCAACAUCCCAGUCUCACAUGUUUACGCUAAUAGACUCAAAUUCUUCUUCAAUGGUGAGUACGCGGGUUUUGAUGAAAACGAGCCGACUUCCCGUUCGGGUGGCAAGGGGCUGGUUAUCCGGCGGCUGAAGGAACAGCACGGGUACCAGCGGCUCGUCAUGAUCGGAGACGGAGCUACCGACGCAGAGGCCAGCCCGCCCGCUGAUGGCUUCAUAGGUUUCGGAGGUAACGUGAUAAGAGAGGAAGUAAGGAAGAAGGCGUUGUGGUAUGUGACCGAUUUUCAAGAGCUCCUCACCUCCCUUACGAUUCAAGCGAAGUGAGACGCAUGCAAUUUUAGACUUUAUUGCCAUCGUAACACGUUCGAAAGUAACGUGACGAUUAGAUAAAUUUGACAAUGGUUGUUCCAAGCAGUGUAAUUUAUAUCUUAUAGUUGUAGUGUUAAGAGCGGAAUUCGAUUGCGCAUUUAUUUACGUGCUCGUAUGUUAUGUGAUGUACUAGAAGUACAAAUUUUUUAAGUAUUGUCAGGGACCUAGUCCUGAUUCCGGAGAUGUCAUUUAGUGAACGAUCUCUGUGUUUCCACUGCCUAAAUACAUGUAGAAAAACACAAUAUAGAAAAACACUAUGUUUCUUCAAAUGUGUUUCGGCAGUGGAAAUACAUGAGAGCAAAAAUAACAAACGUAAUUAGAUGUGAAAGCGG